CCUCUGCAACUCCCAACUCCACUUGUCUCUGAAAGUCUCAGUGUCUCAUCCACAUGAUGAUAAAUUGAAUGAAUUGAUCAUGAAGAACUUCCUCAACUCAAUCUCAACUUCAAUUUCCAGAUUCCACCUUUUACUUCUUCUCACAUUCUCACUCUCUUCUUCUUCUUCUUCUUCAUUCCCCAGAAAGCCUCCCCCUCUUCCGAUUCUACCCCUCCCCUCAGCUCCCCAGCUCCAAUGGCAACUCGGCCACAUGGCCAUGUUCCUCCACUUCGGACCCAACACCUUCACCGACUCCGAAUGGGGCUCCGGCCACGUUGACCCCUCCGUCUUUAACCCAACCAGCCUCAACGCCACCCAGUGGGUCCAAGUCGCCAAAGACUCCGGCUUUUCGCGCGUGAUCCUCACCGCCAAACACCACGAUGGCUUCUGCUUGUGGCCCACCGAGUAUACCAACUACUCCGUCAGCUCCAGCCCCUUGAGAAACGGCGCCGGUGACGUGGUGGGUGAGCUUGCUAAGGCUGCUAGGGACGCGGGUGUUGGAUUGGGGCUUUACUUGUCGCCUUGGGAUCGGCACGAGCAUUGUUAUGGUAACACUUUGGAGUACAAUGAGUAUUAUAUGGGUCAAAUGACAGAGCUGCUUACAAGGUAUGGAGAUAUCAAGGAAGUAUGGUUGGAUGGUGCAAAAGGGGAAGGAGAAAAGGAUAUGGAUUAUUUCUUUGAUUCUUGGUUCAGUCUGAUUCAUCAACACCAGCCAGGGGCUGUCAUUUUUUCUGAUGCUGGUCCCGACACCAGGUGGGUUGGUGAUGAAGGUGGUGUUGCUGGGUCUACUUGUUGGUCUCUUUUCAAUAGGAGUUCUGCCAAGAUUGGUGACACUGAUUUCCAAUAUUCAAGAGGAGGUGACCCAUUUGGUCAUGAUUGGGUACCGGCCGAGUGUGAUGUCUCAAUCCGUCCUGGUUGGUUUUGGCAUUCAUCACAAGUUCCAAAAUCUGCGAGGACUCUGCUUGAACUUUACUACAAAUCAGCUGGCAGGAACUGCCUCUUGUUACUGAAUGUACCUCCUAACUCUUCCGGACUCAUAUCAGCAGAAGAUAUUCAAGUGCUUAAAGAAUUCAGUGAGCUCCGUAGAUCUAUAUUCUCACAGAAUCUAGCCAUAGAUGCCAUAAUCCAUGCGAGCAGCACACGAGGAAGUGCCAAUAAUUCUUGGUUCAGCCCUGAUAAUGUUGUUGAAGAAGGUCUGCAUUCCUAUUGGGCACCUGAGGAGAAUCAGUCUAAUUGGGUUUUGUACUUCGAUCUUCAGGAACUAGUAUCAUUUAACAUUCUUGAAGUUAAAGAGCCAAUUCACAUGGGCCAGCGGGUUAUCAAAUUCCAUCUUGAGAUUGUAAAUGAAGAUGGCAAGUGGAAGAAAGUAACUAAUGGAACCACCGUGGGAUAUCAGAGGCUUUUGCAAUUUCCAACCGUUCAAUCUCGGAAAAUCAGGUUUGUUAUUGGGAAGUCCCGGGCGGACCCAUUGAUUUCCUAUCUGGGUAUAUAUAUGGAUUCAUUUUCCAUUUUGAGCAACAUUUCUAAUACAACCACACAGACAAGCAUCAAUAGUAGUCGAAUUCUUUACCCUUUUCAUUUCAACCAUUCUCAAAUUGCUGUGAUGUAGGCUACAGGCCACAUCCAAUUACAUGUAAUUAUAUUAUCAUUUACAUUGCUUUCUCUCAAUCUUCUUUUGUACUGAAUGCUGAUUCGAUGUGGAAAUACUGCCUGCUAUUGUGAAUAUUCCAAGUAGUGUGCUUAUCAUCUACGACAUUCUGAAAUAAGAA